UUAUUUUUUGUUGUAAUUUUUGGUUAUAUUAUGUUUCGGCGGUAAAAUUAGCCAAUUGUCUACACUUUUUGUAUUGAUUUUGUCACAAUUCAUGAAUUCAUUACAGAAUUUAGAGUUUAAAUGUUUUUAUGGUUGAUCUUGCUCUAACCACAACUCACCAUGCCAGUGAAAAGAAAGGACAAAGAAAACAACAAUACACCUGUUCAAAAGAAAAAGCUCAAACAAGAAAAAAUUGGAGAUUUUUCUGACGACGAAAACUUAUCAGAUAUUGAUGAUGAUGGUGAAAUAUUCCACGGUAUUCGUAUACCUGCGGAACUUCCCCCAAUUAUGUCAGCAGAAGAUAAACGUGGACCUCGUAUGGUCAUUAAGAAUAUUAUUAUUAAUAAUUUCAAAAGUUAUUAUGGUAAAAUUAUUAUAGGACCAUUUCAUAAGGUAUGAAAACAAUAUUUCAUAUGUACCAGGUAGUUAAUAUUUUAGAUUAGCACCAAAACUGGGUAUUUUUAAUCAUUCAAUUUUCAAUUGUAUUAUGGGUUAUGGGUAUAAAUGCUCUGAUAAAUGCUGAUCAUGACCUAUUCUUUGGUGAGCAAUUUAUAUCUACUUAAAAAGUUAUUAGAAUUUAUUGAUUAAAUUUGCUCAGUGUCAUUUCAAAAUCUAACAAAAACCAUCUUUACUUUGGAGGAUGUCAAAGAUAUAAAGAUGAUUUACUAGUAGUUAGUAUAGGUAUAGUAGAUGUAUUCAAUGAAUAACAUUGAAUAAGAUCUAAUUUUAUGUUUAAAUUAUAGAACUUAAGAUUAAACAAAUAAUAAUUUAUAAUAUUAUGAUUAGUAUAUUACUUAUAAAUAAUUUAAAAUGAUUAAUAAAAAAAGAUAAUAAUAUUAUAGAAAAUCAAAAGUAUUAAUAUGUUGCAGGCGCUGUCUCUCUCCCUUUUAUAAAUAAUAUAUAUAGCAAAAAAGUGGAUCUAUGUCAAUUGGUCCCUGCAAAAAUCAUUGUAUGUGAAUAAUUGACCCUAGCAUAAUUUUAUACACGGACAAUAAAAUUGGUCCUGGGACAUUUUUUCCUGUGACAUAAAACAUGUUUGCAUUGUGUUAUUACAAUCAAUAAAUGUAUAAUAUAAAUAUAAUUUAAAUAACAAUACGGGGAAAAAACAAAUAAUGUUUAAUACUGAAACUACAUAAAUAAUUUAAAAGUUCAUCAUUUGAAAAAUUUAUUUAUUUAUUACUAAUCAACAAAAAUAAAUUUUUUUUUUUCAGUUACAGAUUUCAUAAAAUUAAUUAAAAUAUAUUUGUGUAUAUAUGUUUUUAUUAAAAUAUAUCAUUGUUGAAUUAAUUAUUUGUAUAGAUUCAAUAAACACAAAAAUCCUUGGGUGUUUAAUCUGGACAAUAUUUUGCAAUUUAUUGUUGUAUGAUUUUGAUAUAUUGUUAGCUAUCCUAUUCAAAAAUUGAAAAAUGUGAAAACAAAAUAUCCCUGAGAUCAAUUGUCCAUGCAUAAAAUUAUGACUGAGGCCGAUUGUCCGCUUAUGAAGUUUUUUUUUACGGGAACCAAUUGUCUGGGGACCAAUUGACCGUUUCCCCAUAAAAGUAUUGGUAUGCAUUAUAAUAUUAGGAAAGUUGUUUUAAUUUUUAAUUUGCGUUAAAAUAUUUUUUUUAUGAAAAUUUUUAUAUAUUUUUUGAUAAUCAAAUAAACCGUAGCUUAUAUUUAGAAAAAAUUAGAACAAUCAAGGAUUUUUCAGUUUACAUUGAUAUGUAUAAUAUCUGUAAACCUAUUUAACUAAUUAUUGUUUUGUUUUGUACUCGCAGUUAUCAAACUAUUUAUUUAUGUUACAGAGCUUGUCAAGUAUUGUUGGUGCCAAUGGCAGUGGAAAAAGUAAUGUUAUAGAUUCUUUACUUUUCGUCUUUGGAUAUCGAUCUACAAAAAUUCGGUCGAAAAAAGUAUCAGUACUCUUACAUAAAUCAGAUCGGCAUAAAGAUGUUCAACAAUGUUCGGUUACAGUUAAUUUUAUGCACAUAAAUGAUGAUGUAAUUAUAUUAUAUUUUAAUAAUAAUUGAAUUAAUUUUCUUAAUGACAUAAUAUUUCUUUUAGGAAACCCAUGAAAUGGGUUUUGUGGUUAUCCCAGGUACAGAAAUAUCAAUUACACGCACAGCAUUUAAAGAUAACUCUUCUUUCUAUACCUUAAAUAAUAAACGCGUAAAGUUUAAGGAUAUAGCAACUAUUUUAAAGAAAAAUGGUAUAGAUUUAAUUCACAAUAGAUUUCUUAUCCUUCAGGUAAAUUGUAUUAAAUAUUGUGUACAAAAAAUAUAUGUAUGCAGAGUGAUCAACAUAACAUAACACAUUUCUUAUCUCAGAAAAUAUUACCUGUUUUUGGAAUUUAUUUUUUAGAACAUUUAAGAAAUUAGUAGCACUGAAAUAUUACAUUACUUUUUUUGUCACUUGGUGAAACUACAACCUUCAUUUGAUUUUCAAAUGACAACCUAUAUUAAAAAUUUCCCAAAUAAAUGGAGUAUAAGUUCAAAUACAUUUUGGUGUUAUUUAUUUAUUGUAUGGUAUACAAUUCAUAUUAUUGAUAUAUAAUAAAGCAAUUAGAUCAAACAGUUAAUGAAGUAGUUAAAAUCCCAUGAUCUAUUCUUUUCUAGGGAUGUGUUUUUUAGCUACUUCAAUUUUGGCAGUGGGACAGUAGUGGUGCAUUAUUUGUAUAGUGACAGUGUGCACAGUGUUUUAAUAAUAUUCCACUGCUCUCCCUCUACGUAAAUUUAAAAGUGCAAUAUCUUGUAAAUAGGUUGAUAGAAAUCAAAAGUUCAACUUCAAAAUUUAUUUAACCUAAUACUCUUUUUGUUUAUGCAAUUUUAAUAUAGAUUUCAAUUUGAUAAUUAAAAGUAGGCAGAGGUUUCACCUCUUAAAAUAAGGACAACAAAAAAUAAUUGUAAUUUAACAUUUUAAAAUUGCACAUUUUUUAAAUGUUCUUAAAAAAAAUUCUAAGACAAUUAGUGUUUUUUUGUUAUUGUUGAUCACUCUGUAUACAUAUAAAUUAUUUAUUAUAAUUUAAUGGAUUUUCUUUUUGAAUUAGGGUGAAGUUGAACAAAUUGCCAUGAUGAAACCUAAAGCUGAAAAUGAACAUUCAACUGGAAUGUUGGAAUAUUUAGAAGAUGUUAUAGGCACUGCAAGAUACAAGGUUUGUUUUUAUUUUUGAUAGAUCAUACUUUGAAAAUAAAAAUCAUAUUUUUAUCUAUAGUAUUUUAUUAGAAAUGUUUAUAUUAUCAACAAUGCUUUUUAGAUUUAACUAUGUUAAGGCCUGCAGGUCAAAUUUAAGUUGAAGUUUAAGUUGUUGGAUUCAGUGAUGCAAGAAAAUAGAGUAAUUGCAUAGGGUGUUAUUAUUAGUAGAAUUAGCUGUGAUUGGAUAAAGUAGUUAGUAGACGAAAACAUGGGUAGAUUUGGAGAAUAAUAACAGGAAUAAGAGUAGCUGCUCAAUUUAUGAAGAAUAUACAUUUUAUUUUAUUUUAGUAGUUUUCUUAUCAUGUACAUUUUAUGAAUGUUCUUAAUGUCAAACAUUUAAUAUUUGAUAAAUUUAUUUUUAUUAUUUAUGCAAAAUUGAAUUAGAAAUAAAAAGUAUUUUGUUCAAAUCAUAACUAAUUAGUAAAGUCUGUGAGUAUUAUUUUUAUAAGUAUGGAAUUGUUCAAAUAGACUCAAAUUCAAUAUUUAAGUAAUCAAAAACUGCUGAAUACUCAAUUUUAUAAAAAUCUUGUAUGUAAAAAAUAAUAAAUGUUUAGUUGACACUCUAACUUUAAUUUUAAUUUCCACUUAUGGUAAUUGUUAAACAAACUAUUAUAAUAAUUAUAAUAAACAUUUUUUGUGUAGUAUUUAUUUAUUCAUUACUGAAAAGUAACCUAUGCACAUUUUUUGUAGAUUUUUCCAAUACAUGUAAUAAAUAAUCAUUAAAUAGUUUUAAAUUUAUAUUUUGUAUUAUGGUUAUACGGUUGAAGGAAAGUUGAAUGUGGUACUCAAGUUUUUGAUAAGCACACAAAUUUAUUCAAAUUUUGUUAUGUGUCAAACUCUGUUUAUUAGUUAUUAGAAAUUAGGCUAUACAUUAUUUAACAAUUUAUUAUAUAUAUUUAAAAUAUUUUAUUUUAGAAACCAAUUCUGAAACUCGAAGAAAAAGUUAAAGAAAUAACAAUGGAAAAAAAUGAAAAAGUAACUCGUUUGAAAUUUAUUUCAAAACAAAGAGAGGAACUUCUUAAUCCAGUUGAAGAAAUAAUUAGAUGCCUAAAAUUAAAAAACAAAAUGUCCAGACUUUUAAAUAAAUUAUUUCAAGUAGAGAUGUUAGUAUAUUUAAUAUAUAUUAAUUAUUUAAUGAUUUCAUUUUAUUUACUGGUAUAUUUUUAUUAGAUAUCAAAUAAAUAAAAAGUUAGAAAAAGAAACUGAAAAUAGUAACAAAAUGAAAAGCAGAUUAAAUACUAUCAAUACCAAAUACUUAGAAUUCGAAAAUAUUAAAAAAGUAAAUCUAAAUAUCUUGAAGGGUUUUCAAGAGUAAGUUGUAUUCUACUUUUAUAAUAUUAUGUUAUAUGUUUCAAUCAUUACCAUUUCCAUACAUACAAUAAUACAAUUAUAUGCUUUUUAAUCAGGAUACUUGUUCUUAAUUAACUUGGAUCUGAUUAUUUGCAUUUGAAAAUGUUGUUAUUUAAAUGUAUUGGGUAACUCAAUAAAAUGUGCAACGUUAAUAAUUAUCUAGUACUGGGACAAAGGCUAUUAGUAUGGUCUAAUUGUGAAAUAUCAAAUAUUUUACUCUUUCGAAUCCGCAUUGACUUUAUAUUAUUCUACAGUAUAAAAUAUUUUUUAAAAACCAUAUUAUUUUUAUUUUAAUACCUAAUUUCUAUGCAUACGAGGGCUAAUCAAAAAGUAUCAAGACUGGUUGUAUCAUUCGGAAAAGGAGCAUCGAAGAGCAGUAGGAUUGGUAUCACUUGCUUUUAUGACUUUUUCUGAGUACAUUUGUUUUUAUUGCUUCUCUAUAAAAUUCUUCGGUUUGAUUUCACUGAUAUUUUUGUAAAAUAUAUUUUUCGAGUUUGGUGAUUUUGUAAUAAACCCAAAAGAAGAGUAACUUGACAGAUUUGGAGAUUUUAGAAAAUUUGUCUGCAUUUUUUUCCAGUUUCAGAGGGAUGCAACAUUUCAUGGUUUUUGCCAUUAAAUGUCAAUUGAAAAACUGAAAAUGUGCCCUUGAGUGGCUUGAUACUUUUUGAUUAGCCCUUGUAUGAUAGAUAAAUGGUUUAUAAAUUGGAUCCUAUAUUGAUAUUGGGCUCACUGCUCAGUAAUUAUUAAUGCCACACAUUUUUUAUAGCAAAUACUGUAAAAGAUAAUUUUGAAUGACUUAUUUAUAUGUUAAUAUUAUUUGUUAGUGAAAUAGAUACGAGCGAGAAAAAAAGAAAUAUUCUUCGAAAUGAACAAAGGAAUCUUAAAAAUAAUGAAAAUAAAUUAGAGUAUGAUAUUUCAAGUGCGAAUGAUAUGAUUAAAAAAUGUGAAAACUCUAUUAAACAAGAAAAAAAUAAGGUAAAACUGAAAAAUCAGUCAAUUUCAAAUACAUAUUAUUUAAUUAAAUUAAAUAUUUAAUAUCCUUGUCUUUUAUGUCUUUAGAUUUCUUGUUUCUAACCAUGUUUCAAUGAAUUAUUUAUUUUAUAUUAAAUGUGAUUUAAAGCUGUACCGAUUCAUUUUGAGCAUUGUUCAGAUACUUAAAAUCAUCAUUGCAAUAGGACCAAAUUUUAAACCCUACCUUUUUGUUAGGUACUAUCUUUUAGGUUGCUUUUUUUUAUUCUUACCAUACAAAUACAUAUUUAUGAUUAGUUCUUCUAAAAUUCAGUUGCGAAAAGUUAAUGCUAUAAACUUGGCUUAACUCACAUAAGAUAUAUCAAAGUUAAACAUCCUCUUUAUCUUCUUACUUUUGUAUAUACCACUUUUUCUUUAAAUUUUGUUUGUUUCUAUAUUUAUAUUUUAACUUUCAUUGAUUUAUGUAUAGUACAUUCACAGUGAGAAUUAUUUCUUUACAUAUUUUAAGGUGAAACAGAGUUUACAAUAUCUUCAACUUUUUUUCCAAUUAAAAUAGAUAUUCUUGUUUUUUUUUUUUUUAAUAAAAAUGUAAAAUAGAUUGAUAAGUAAUUAUAAUAUUUGUUUGAUUAGGCUACUAAAGCUGAAAAAGUUCCUAAAAUUAAAGAAGCUGAAUGUGAACGUUUGAAGUCCGAAUUAGCAUCUUUAGAAGAAUUAUAUAAAGAGCUGGACGCAAAUUAUGCAAAAAUAUUUUCUGAAAGUUCAGUUAUUUCUAAACCAUUGACCGAUGAAAGAGAACUAUUGAUUUCUGAGGCAUCAAAUUUACAAAAUCUUGCUGGCAUUAAAAAUAAUGAAGUAUGUUUUAUAUUAUAAAUUAUAAAAUGUUAUAAUAUGUAAUUUAAAUUUUUAUAAUAAUAUUUACUUAUACAGGUUGUCUUACAGUGUUAUCCAUCAGCUAAUAACUCAGUAUUUUUUUUUUAACUUUUUAAAAUGUUCAAAAUAGCUAUUCUCUAAAAUAUAUUAUUCUAAAAAUUUAAAUAUAACCGAUUAAUAGUUUCUUAGUUAUAUUGGCUUUGAUAUAUAGAAAUUAGGAGUGAAAACAAUUAAUUUGCAAUACAAUAACAUGUUACACAAUAAGAAAUAACAAUCAGUUCAGUAAUUCCUUAUUUUCUAUUCUGUCAGUGGCAAAAUAUUUAACGGAAUAAAAUCGAUUUCUUGUAAUUUUUCGAUUAGUGCAAUAUUUUUGGUAGAAAACAUAGUGUAAACAAAUUAAAAACAAUGAAAACGGAACGGCAUGGUACGCCGUUAAUAUUUGUCGUUUUUCCUAAUUAUUUCAAAAACCUUUUGGAAAAAAAAUUACCUAUUUAAUACACCAAAUUGACAAAAUUUUCUUUUGAAAAAAAUAUCACUCUACAUCAGAGCAAGAUUUCUUUUUUAAAAGUUGUUUAGAGACAUCAAAAAUUAAAAGCUCACAUCAUAGCAAAACCAAUAGAUCCCUUACUACGAUCCAAAUUUAAAAACAUAAAACAUCUUUAUAGUCUGAGUGAAGAGGUCUAUAUAGAUUGGAUUUAAAACAAAUUAAUUGAAGCAUAUUAUUUUGAAUUUUUUCUAUUUGUUUACAAUGACUGAUGAAAUCAAUUUUUUAUAUAGUGGGGCAUAUUCCAAUAAAGUGUGAAUAAUUGAGGUGUAGAGACAUUUUAGUGUUAAUAGAUCAUUAAAGUUAAAAUAUGAGCGAAAAGUAAUUUGAUUAGACAGUGUGUAGUUUUCGGGAAUAAUAUUAUGUCUUUUAUUAUUAUAAUACUUAUAUUAAUUCUAAUAAUGAACUAUUUAAUAUUUUUAUUUAGUUUGAAUCUUUAAAAACCGAAUUAGAAUUAUUAUUGUAUAAUGAGAAAAAUGCUGAAGAAAAAUUAAGUCGCCUGGAAGAACAAAUGAUUAAAGGACUUGAUGAUUUUCAAGUUAAUACUAGGUAAUCAACAUGAUUUAAUUAUUACUUUAUAUCAUAUUUAUAUCGGUCAUAUUUCUAUUAUGUAGUACAUUUUUAAUUUAAACAUAUAUUUAUUUUCUUAAAGAAAAAAAGAAAACGCAGAAGGGGAAAUAUUAAAGAGUAAAAAUGCAAUUAGAAACCUGGAAAAAAAUAUUGAGGAUAUGAAGAAUAAUGAACAAAAAUUGGAUGCUGAAUUAAAACAUAUACGGAUGAACUUAGGUGAGAAAAGAACAGCUUAUGCAGAAACUACUGAACGAAGUCGACCAAUUCAAUUCGCAUUGGAUUUGAAAGACAAAGGAAUUAUCCCUGGACUUCUUGGUAGAUGUGUAAGUGCAUUUUAUCUAAUUCAAUGCAAUUACAAUACAAAUCUAAAAUAUGUAAAUGUACAGGGGGAUCAUGGCCAGGUAGAAAGUAAGUUUGAUAUACCUUCAUGUACAGCCUGUACUUCUACAGACCAGAUUGUGGUCGAAACAUCAGAAGCCGCUCAUGCCUGUAUUAAAAAAUUGAGAGAAUCUAAUAUUGGAAGACUGACAUUUUCCAUCUUACCUCAAGUUCAAAAACUAAAAUCAUAUGCAGAUAUGAAAAAGAAUUAGUAAGUAAACAAAUUUAUGGUUAGAGAUAUUUUGAUUUAAAUAAAUAGUUUAAUAUUUUAAUAAUGUUUAAUCUACCUCCUCCCUCCCUCUCCCAGUUAAGUGGUUGCACAGUUUAGUUAGUCUAUAUGAGUAUAUUUCAAGACACACUAUUUACAUCAUAAUAAUUUUUCAAUUACUUUAUUUUUUAAAUUUAUGACAUUAAUAGUUAAUAGUUAAUUUCAUACAAUUUAAUAUAAAAAAAAGAAAAUAAAACUCAGGGUUCGCUGAUAAUUAUCCAAUCCUUAUCCGAGAUAAUAUUAAAAACAAAUCUGACAAAAUUUUUUCUAAAAAUAGACAAAAUUAUUAAUUUAUAACAAUAAUUUAAAAUUUAAUUAAAACUAUAUUGUUAUUUAUUUAUUUAUAUUUGUUUAUAUUUUAAUUUUUUCUAAUAAUAAACAUAGCUUUUUGAUUCUAUACAUAAUAUUACCUACAUACUUAAAUACUUUAUACAUUUUCUUUUUUGUUUUAAAUUAAUUAAUAAUUAAAUAUCAAUAAUUAUCAAAAUUAUCAAUUAUUUUGAUUAAUUUAUCAAAUUAUACUACAAUUACCGAUCCCUGAUAUUAUAACGCCAGUAUUUUAGUAGUCAAUCACAUAAUUAUAUCUAAUAUAUAAUAAUAUUUCAAUAAUCUUGUUUAUGAUUUUUCCAAAUUAUUAUAAAAACAUCUUGGAAAAUCGUAAAAUGAUCUCUAAUGUACUAACUAGAUCCAAAAUGAAACAAAAAAUGUCUCUUGUUAAUUUUUGAUUAAGGUAAGAUUUCUGGUAAACAAAUUUGUAUAAGUUUAGACACAAAAAAAGAAAACUCAUAGUAAAACCAAUACAUUUGUUUACUUUGGCAAAUUGGAAAAAAAUAUCCUGGAAUAUUCAGGGAAAACUAUAAGUUAAAUUUUUUGGCAACCAGAAUCUGCCUAAAUUACCAAUUUGAUAGUAAUACAAAAUAAUAACAAAUUGUGUUUUCCAUUUUUAACAGCCCUGAAAAUUCAAUGAGGGUUUUUGAUGUUAUUAAAAUAUUAGAUCAGCGUUUCAGACUGACAUUUUAUGCUGGUUUGUAUGAUACACUAAUUGCUGAAAAUUUAGAACAAGCUAGAAGAAUAGCAUUUGGCACUAAUACUCGCUAUAGAGUUGUUACAUUUAAAGGAGAUUUAAUUGAUCAAUCAGGUACAAGAUUAUAUAAUUUUUAAAAAAUAUCAUAUUUAUUCAGUCUUUAUUUAAAUUUAAGGUAUUAUGUCUGGUGGUGGAAGACCUAUUAAAGGUAAAAUUGGACCUCAAGAAAUUAAAUCCAGACAUGCUGGUUGUAAUACAUCCCAAGUUAGUGAAAGAGAAGUAGAAAAAUUAGAAAAACAUUGUCAAUGUUUAGAAGAUGAGAUUAAUAAUAUAAAGUCAAAUAGAAUAGGAUUAGAAUCUGAAAUUAGACAACAUAAUUUAAAUAUUGAUGCAAACAAUAUUAUUGUUAAACAGUGUUUGUCUCGUAUAAAUGUAAGUUAUUUAUACUCAAAUAAUGUACAAAACAUAAUUCAAUAUGAAAUUUAUCAAUUUUAAGGUCUUUAAAGAAAAAGAAAGUCAAUUAAAAGGUUUGAUUGAAGCCCAAAAAUUAGAAGUUAAUAAACAGAAAACGGACCAAAUUGCGGUUAAUAAUAAAAAAAAAGAAAUAGAAAAAGCAGAAAAGGGUAAUGCAAUUUGUUUUUAAUUAUAUCUAAACAGAAGUAAGUAGGUUAUAAAAAUUAAUGUAACUAAAAAUAAAAUUUAAAUAAUAUUUGUAUUUAAUUAAAUUCUGUUAUGGGUCAUAAUUGUGUUACAAGGUUUAAUAAAAGUUAAAAUAAAUAUUAAAUAUUUAUUCAAUCAAAUCAUAUUAUAAUAAUAUGUUCAAAAAUAGAGAUAAAGAAAUAGCUAUUAAAUAUUGUAUUAAAUAAAUAGCUUAUUUUAAAAAUUAAUGUACUUUUAUAAUAUAUGUAUAACAUACAUUGUGUUAAUAAUUAAAAAAAAUAUAAAUAUAUCUGAAUAUAAUUUUUAUUUUAGAAUUGGAAGAAGCAAACAAAAACUAUACUAAGGUUGCAUCUAAAGUAGAUGAAUUAAAUAAUAAAAUUAAAGAAAUGAUUGACGGUCCACGUAGAAAAGCAAAAAGUUCAAUUGAUGAAACCACUAAUGCAUUAGAAAAAGUUAAAAGUGAUUUAUAUCAAGCUAAUAAGGAUAUAGAGGCUGCUGAGAGGCAAGUUGGAUUCAUAUAUUUUUACAGCAAUAUUAAAUUUUAUUUUUGGGUUCUAAAUAAUUUGAUUAGAAUUAAUACAAUUAUAACGUUCAUAUAAUUAAAAAAAAAAAAAAAAAACAUUAAUAGUGAUUAAUUUUAUCUUUCAUAUGCUAAUGUGUGAAUCUCCAUUGUAAGAUAUAACUACUACACACAUUGUUUACAUGCCCUUGUGUUAAACACUUUCAGAAUUUCAAAAUUUUAUUUGCAUAUAUUUUUAACUACUUGACAUGGAUACAAUUAAAUGAUAUUUCUCAAUUUCAAUAUACAGUAGAAGUCGCUUAUUAGGAACACUUUCGGACCAAGAUGAACUGUGUCAAUUAACUGAUUGUUUUUAAUAAACGAUUGGUUUUAAUAUAUGAUUGAUUUAAUGUAUCACCGGUCCAUUCCUAUACAUUUUGCUUCAAUAAUAUGAUUGUAUCAAUGAUCUGUGUUCCUAAUAAGCAGCUUCUACUGUAUUUAUAUUAAUCAGGAAUUUAGAAUAUUGUUAAACCUAAAAAUAGAAAACUGUCUGGAUAAAUGCAAUGAAACAAAAAUGUAUAGUUAUUGUAAUGGUUUGAAUCUAAUAAAUAAAUUAAACCUAAUGAUAUACUAUUUAUUUUAUAAUAUUAUGUGGUUCUUGGUUUUCUUCUCAAAUUUUAAGAUGGUAAAAAAAAGUUUAAUAUGAUAGUUUUAAAGUUGGGAAUAUUUUUAAGGUAUAUUAAAUAAUACAUUUGAUUAUUUUUAUAUUCUCAAGAAGGUUUUGAUCUAAUUAAUUUUAGCUUUGUUUUAAUUAAAAUUAAUAAUUGUUAUUACAAACUUACAAUAAAUAAAACAUUUUAAAGGUAAAUUAAAAAUAACUUCUAACAUUUUUCUUAAUUUGUAUUUAAAUUAAUAUAUAAUAUGUUAAUAGUAAAUUAAUUAUAAUUCAAUUGACCAAAAAAUUACCAAAUUAACAAUAACAGUUUUAAAUGUAACUGUACAAAAUAUUUUUAAUGCCUAAAUUGAAGUGUUUGUGUUGAAGAGGAGCCCGCUUAACUAAUUAAUCAUACAAUUUUAAUUUUACUUGUGUUAUAAAUGUGUAUCUAAACCGUUGAUGAUUUUGAUUUAAAAAUGAUAUCGAAGAAAUACUAAUUAUUAUUGUCUAUUGAAUAUAAUCAAUAUUAUUGUUCUAGUGGGGAGUUGAGUGAUUUGUGUUUAAUUAAUUCGAGUACUUAUAUUGAAUUUUAUAUUUUUACUGUAGGUUUAUUAACUAGUAAUUUGUUACAGGCAAGUAAAAAAAUCUGAAAAUGAAAUAACAUCAUUAAAUGUUAAGAUUAAUGAUUCAAAGGAAGAAAUAAUUUCCUGUAAAGUAAAAUUACAAGAAUGUAUAAAGUUACAAGCUGCUAUAGAAAAGAAAAUAGUUGUUUGUACUGUAAGUAUUAAAUUUGAAUUUAAAAUGUUUAUGAAAAUUAUUUUUACUAUUUAUUUCUUAGAAUUGUAUUUAUCACAAAUUAUAAUUACUGUUUAAACUGAUGAAAUUAUUGUGGUAUAUGUUACAUUAUUUAUUGGUUUUUUUCUAUGAACAACUUUUCUACCAAAAGUUUUGCUGCGAUUUUCAAAUGCAGCAUCUUUUCUGAAAGAACAUUUGACUGGGCUGUUAUUUUAAAGUGGUUAUUUUUUAAUUUUCCUAGGGGCUUUCAUAAUAAAUGGAAUAAAAUGUACAAAAUUUAUUAUUUUCAAAUUGUUAUAUUACGGCCUUUCAAAACAUUUAUAACUGAACUCUGCUCAGAAUCGGUUUUCAUUAAAGUGAUUAAUUAUUUCAUUCAUAUAUGCAUUCAAUUUCCCCUCUACUUUCCCAACUUUUCACCUACAACAGUGGUCCAAUCAUCGUGUGAAGUAUGUCAGUAAGUUUUUUAUUUCCCUCUUAUUACAACAAAUUCUUUUUUCUUGGCUAUUUUUAUCCAGAUAUCUUCUACUGAAUUCAUCAGUUGUAAUGAAAUUAUAAAUUGCAUAUUGGAUUUUGGUUUUUAAUCAGAUGCUUCUGAUUAAAUAUAUUUUGGGAACUUGUUUACAUAUUUAGUUUUCUGUGUAACUUGUUUUAAACAUUUCUAUAACGUAUAUUAUUGUCAAGAUAUUACAUCUCAAGAUAACUAAUUUUAAAUGUAAACUAAAAAAAAGAGGAAUGUAUUGUAAUGCGCAUUACAUCUAUACAUUUAUAUAGCAAACAAAAUCUGAAUUUAUCUACACACCUCAAUAAUAUACAAUAUCAAAUUCCCUGAAUUUAUUACAAUGUAUGUUUUUCUAUUCUAAUAAUGACACUUUAUUACCACUGGGUGUCUGUUAUUUCAUUGUAUAAGCUUUUGAUAUUGAUGCUGAAGUUUUUUUUUAAUAUUGUUAUGUAUAUAUAAUUGUUAUUGAUGGUUUACAUGUUUUUAAGUUCAAAACAUUAAUAUAAACUUAGAAAUAUUUUCAAAUACAAUGAUUUAUACAUUUUCUACAUUUGCUCAGUAUUUAACAUUGAAUAUUUGUUUACCAUAAAAAGUAUUAUGUGACCAACCCAAUUUUAUGUUCGAUAAUAUUUUUAUUUUAAUAGGAGAAUGUAACCAAAAAUAAAGAACUAAUUUUGGAUUUACACAGAACUGAAGAAAACCUCCGUAAUCAAAAUUUCUCGCUAGACAAAGAGAAAGCAGAUUUGAUAAUAAAAUUAAAAGAUAGCGAUGAAAUUAUCCAAACACUAACUGAGAAAGUUGAUGGUAAAAAAGAAAAGGUAAAAAUAUAUAUUUUUUAUUGUAUAUAUAUUAAAGAAAAAGUAUUUGUUUGGUAAUUGACUUAGGUGGUAGGUGAAUUUUAGGGGUAUCUUAUUAGAUACCUUUAAGACCAAAAAAAAAAUAAAAAAAUGUAUUUGUCAAUUACUGUUUUAGCAACAGGAAAAAAGAAAUAUAGUUGUUUUUCUUAACUGUUUGAGAGGAGUAAUGAAAUCUUAAAAAAUGUGUUUUUGUUCAUUACUUGAUUUUCAUUUAGAAUAAAAUUAGCUUUUUGAGUUUUUCUCAAAAUUAAGUUAAACCUUUAUUCUCUUGCACCAAUGAUAUAUUUAUAGUUCUGCAUAUUUAAAAUAUAAAUAACAAUUCUUUUUAUUUUUUUAGCUUUCUAGCUUAGUAUUACAUAAAAUCCCUGAAAUAGAUGACACCCAACGUGAUCCAGUUAAGGACUUUGCUACAAUCAAUUUAAAUAAAGAAAAUAAUAAUAAACCUCCAUUAGAAAAUGGGGAUGUUCAAAAAGAAAAUGGGGAGGUUCAAAAAGAAAAUGGGGAGGUUCAAAAAGAAAAUGGGGAGGUUCAAGAAGAAAAUGGGAAGGUUCAAGAAGAAAAUGGGGAGGUUCAAGAAGAAAAUGGGAAGGUUCAAGAAGAAAAUGGGGAGAUUCAAGAAGAAAAUGGGGAGAUUCGAGAAGAAAAUGGGGAGAUUCAAGAAGAAAAUGGGGAGAUUCGAGAAGAAAAUAGUGGCUGCCAGGUAGCAGAUAAUAAAUCACCAGAAAAAAAUGAUCAUAUUAAUAACAACGCUUUUAGUGAUGAGAAUGAACAAUUAAUAAAAUAUCCUGAAGAACAAUUACCUUUAAUUGUAGUAAAUAAAUUACAUUUGGAAAUAUCCUCUAUAACUGAAAUGGCUAAUAAAAAAAUUAAUCGAGAAAUACUCGAAGAAUAUGAAAAGAGGGUAUGUAAAUAAAAAAAAUAAACGUGGUUUUAAUAAAAUUUAAUUUUUUUAAAUAAAUUAUAUAUUUUGUAAAUAACAGUCAAAACAGUAUAACGAAAAAGCAAUAGAAGUGAGUCAAGUUUUAAAGUUGUACAAUGACUUUGGUAGUAUGAUUAAUAAAGUACGUCAACGGAGAAGAGAUGAGUUCAUGGCAUCAUUUAAAAAAAUUACAAUAAAAUUGAAAGAAAUGUAUCAAAUGAUAACACUUGGUGGAGAUGCCGAACUUGAAUUAGUUGAUUCAUUAGAUCCAUUUAGUGAAGGAGUUAAUUUCAGGUUUGGUAUUUUCCUAAUGUUAUAAUUGAACAAGUAUAAAAUAAAAUUAUUCAUUAUAUAAUAUUUUUUAAAUUUAAUAUUCAGUGUGAGGCCACCUAAAAAAACAUGGAAAGUGAUAUCUAAUCUAUCUGGUGGUGAAAAAACACUGUCGUCAUUAGCUCUUGUAUUUGCUCUUCACUACUAUAAACCGUCACCAUUAUAUGUUAUGGAUGAAAUAGAUGCAGCUUUAGAUUUCAAAAAUGUAUCAAUAAUUGCUUAUUAUAUUAAGGUAAUUUAAAAAAUAUAUACUUAAAAACAGUUAUUAUAAUUUGAUUUUUAUUUAUAUAUGCAUAUUUAUUUUAUUUUAUCAAUUUUAAAUACAUUUUAUAUUGGUAAAAUUAAUUUUUUUUUUCCAGGAACGUACAAAAAAUUCUCAGUUUGUUAUCAUUUCAUUACGUUCAAAUAUGUUUGAAAAAGCUAAUCUAUUAAUUGGCAUAUAUAAAACAAGCGACUGUACAGAAACUGCAGCAGUUCAAACAGACCAUUAUCAAAAAGUAUUGGAUAAGGCCUUAGCUGAAAAUGCUAACCAAACAUCUCAUGUUUAAACAAUGUAUUUUUUUUUUUUUUUAAUGUAUUUUACAGAAUUUCCCUUAAUGAAUACUUUCUUAGAAUAAUAAUUCAACGUUUAAGUGUGUUUAAGUGUGUUACAAACAGUUAAUUCAAUUUUUUACUAUUUUUUUUUUAUAGAAUAUUAAUUUCAGGAGACCUUGCCGCCUAGUACAAUUUUUCAAGUAUAAUGUUUUUGUAAAGAUAGUAUUCCAACAAGAAAUCCAACAAUUUUAUUAUUAAAUAAAUAUGUAUAAACAGUAAUUAAUAUUUAUUUGGUUUGUUUAUAAUGUAUUACAAUGUUGUUUUUGUAUUCUGUUUAUUGACUUUAAAGAACAUAUUUGUCCAAGUGGAUAACAAUGACCAAACAAUAUUAGCAGGAUAUUUUAUGAAGGGUUGGAGUGAGUGCUACAAUUAUGUGUGCUCAUAUUGUUUAUAAAUAUUUGGUAAGCCACAGUACCUAGAUAAUCAACAAGAUUAAGAAAUGGUAAAAUGUAAAAUAUUUUGUUUGCCUAAAGUAAAAUAAUUUCUUUUAGGCAUUUGCUAAUAGACAAUUACUGUAUUUUUGACAUUUGUAUAGUGAAGAUGAUACUCAACUGGCGAGGCAGCAACUGUAUUAUUUACCUAUGUGAAAUAUUUUUGUUUAAAACUUGUUUAUCAGAUAUCCUAUCUCUCCUAUAGUUAUACUGGUUCAGCUCAUUAACUGCAGUGGUUUAUUGCUGUUUUUUCUCAAUUGAAUUUAGAUAUCUAAUAACAAAUGUGUUUUACAUAGGGUACUUAGUUUAGAAUGUGAAAGUUGACACGCUGAUGAAUAUUAUCUAUUUUUUUUUUAUUUCCUGUC